AAGCGACAUUGGCGACCCGCGACCCUUGCCUUGGCGACCCUUCCCUUGGCUACCCUCCCCCGCAUACUCCCCUUUCCCCGCAUAAUCACCUCCCCCCGCAUACUUGGAGAUCGGUCUCCUAUCUUCUCUUAUCCCAAUUCGCAAUCGCAAUUGCAAAAAACUACGACAGCGAAACCAUCCACCACCAUGCUGAAGGAGAAGAGGACCAACUCACUGGCAUUUUCCCAGACUGAUUGUCACACCUGUACGUCUGCAGGCCGCGCGUGUGAUCGUCGGCGACCACAAUGCUCGACUUGCCUUGGUCUCGGCGUGAAAUGUGGUGGUUUUGUGACGCCACUGUCGUGGGAUAAUAAUCGCAUAUGGCUCGGAAAGCCGUCCCAGAAAACGCGUUACAUUUACGACGGCAGCAGGGGGAAUGAGAGCCCAAUGGCGUCGCCAAAGCCGCCGCCAAAGGCCUUUCGCUUUGUUGACGCAAGUUCCAGAAGGAAGAGGCGUCGCAGAGUUAGCCCAGUCUCCAGCCCUGAGGAAGAAAUCUGCCGUGCCUCAGAAUCAGAAUCGCCCGAAGAAAUCGGCAUGGAAUCAUAUCUUGCUCAUCCAUCUGGCUCGCUCCUAGAUGACUUUGAUCCGUUAAACUUCGGUGAUUGUGAGCUGCUGGAUACUGUGAUCCCUAAUCCACAAGAAUUCAUGCCUGACUGGAUGGCCGCGACAUUCCCUGGGCAGGAAAGUCAAAAUCAAAUGAUCUUGACUGCCCAACCUUCUUCGAACAUUGUUGGCCAUGGAUCCGAGGAUGUCUUUACUCAAAGCCUCAUGGACUUACUCGAGACGGUUUCUACCCAUCCAUUUGAGAGCCACCAACUGGAGCCACCUCGUCUUGUAGCUUCUCCAACCCGACAACCCCCGUCCGAGAUCUCUACCGAGUUGAUUCCUAACCAUAUUGGAAACCAACAUGAGCGCCUUUUUCAGAUGUAUGAUACGGAGCUAUGUGUGCUACCAUUGACGUCUGAUGUGGCCUUCAACCCGUUCCGCUGUCGACGUCAGGUACUACAGGGGUCUCGCCUUCUUUUCCACGCGAUAUUGGCACUAUGUUGCCGGCAUCAGAACCAUUUGACGGGCACUUGGGCCAAAGAAGCCUCUGAGCACCGAACGAAGGCUGUAGAGCUACUGGACAGCGCGUCUAAGAGUGACCAAGUCACCAAAAUUGGACUACACGUCUUGGAACCAAUCUUGGUCAUGUUUACCUUGGAUUGCACACUCUCCGCCACAGGGCCGUGGAGUGGACAUUUAAUGCGCGUGAGAUCGGUUUUAGACGCCUGCGGAGGGCCUCUGGCGCUCGAUAACUCGCGCGUGCGCUCGCAAGUUGGAAUGCUAUUCUGGUGGGAUGCUACUCUGGCACUGAUCUCCCGACAGGGCAUAAUCAUUGAUCAGUCGUACCUUGACCACCUGAUGCUCAGUCAAGGCCAAGACGAAUGGUCUUUCUACGACCUAACCGGCUGCCCCGGAGACCUCUUCGUGCACCUAGUUCAGCUAUCUGAGCUGGCGAAGCAAAGAGAGUUGGCCGCAUGCAUGACCUGGCUCACCUUCGAUCUGUCGCCAGUGAUCAAGAUCGAACGCGAAAUCCAACAAUGGCAAAGCAGCCUAUUCGCCGAUGCAUACGGUUCGAAUUUCGAUACAAUCGUGGAAAAUGCGUCGGAAUCGGACGCCGAAGCCGACAUCGAGGAACGGUUCCACGCCAAGCAGGACCGGUACCACUGCGCAGAGGCGUGGCGGUACUCAUUGCUGAUCUAUAUCGAGCGAGUUUUCCGCUGGGACAGGAAGUGCCCUCGGCCUCUGAUCCUGACGUGGCUGGUUCGGAAGACGAUGGAUCACGUCCGUUGUUGUCGACGCACGUCUCAAACGCAGAAACAGCUCCUGCUGCCCGUAUUCCUUGCAGGGAGCGAGAUGACCGAUGAGGAAAUGCGCGGGUUUACGCGGCAAUACUGCAAGUGGUGGGCCAACAGGAGCCGAUAUAAUAUGUUCAAUUCGGUGUCAUCGCUGCUGGAGGAUAUUUGGGAAGAGGGACACUCACAUGCGUGGUGGGGGUCUGUGAUUGAUCGGAAGACAAGGAGUACUGGAGUCGGUGACCCAGGUGUUCAAUUCCUGUUUGGAUAACGGUGAGGCUACUGAGUGCCUGGUGGUGCUCCAUGUGUAUGAAUAUCCCUG